AUGCAAGAGCUGUCAGUGAGUCAAGAAGAUAUUCUCCCUGAAAAACCGGAGUGGAAUCUGAGUCUGGAACAGGAGGGCCCAAAGCCGCCAUACAUUAAAGAAAAAGGAGCGAAACUAUGGAGAGGUCAGGAGGAAGAGCAGCUACACCAGCUGGAGAUGGCUGAUUUCACCAAGCUCCCUUUCACUGUUGUCCUGGUGAAGAAUGAAAAUGACGAGGAAAAGCCACAUUCAUCACAAUUUUGUCAACGCCAAAGUGAUGACCACACAGAGGCAGAACCUGUAGCAAGCAGCACAACUGAACACAUCACCGUGAAAAUAGAAGCUGAUGUAGAGGAUUGUGGAGGACCACAGCCAGCUAGUUACUCAGAUCCAUACAGACACUUACAACCAGAUACUGAUGGCAGGAGUUCAGACUGUUCUGAAACUGAGACUGAUGACAGUUAUGAGUGGAAGCAGUCCACAGAACCUCACUCAUACUUAAAUGGUUUGAAAACCAGUCAUGUCUCUGUCUUCAUCUUCAAGGAUGUCACUGACGAUUGGGCAGGUGAAGAUGACUCUGAAGAUAUGGGCGUGGCAGGAAAUCCUUGUGACGUCAGCAUCGAUGUAAUCGUGGGAGGAGCAGGUGAUCCAGAUGAGUUGCAUUGA